CAAUUGCGAGGCGCAUAACGUACGUGAUCAUACAAAAGGGAGGUAAUUCAAUUUGUGAAAUACAUUUCUCUUCAUAGCACAGUCAUUGUUGUCGAAACAUUUUAAAAGGGAAUUUAUCGAGCAGUAUGUUGAGUGCAGCCGGGUCACGUUUGGCACGCACCAACGUAUUACACAAUAACACCCUGCUAAAGUGUAGCGCCACACAGACAUGGCUACGAACAUGUAGGCAGUCAAGAUGUAUGUCAACAUCGACGACCGAGAAGGAACGAACACGUUUUCCCGGCGCUAUUGCCAAUUAUACGCAAGAGCUCAAGUUUAAGGUACCUAAGAAUGAAGAGCCAAUCGAAACCUAUCGCGUUAUGAACAAGAAGGGCGAGGUUAUCAAUCCGGAAUGUGACCCAAACCUUCCAGAGGAAAAAGUGGUGCAUAUGUACAAGACAAUGGUACAGCUACAAGCCAUGGACAAUGUUUUGUUCGAGGCGCAGCGACAAGGACGCGUUUCUUUUUACAUGACUUCCUACGGAGAGGAGGGUACACAAAUUGGUAGCGCCGCGCCGUUGCUUCCCGGCGAUGUGGUGUAUGGACAGUACCGUGAGGCGGGGGUUUUGAUGUACCGGGGUUUCACGCUUGACGAGUUCAUGAAUCAAUGCUAUUCCAAUGCUCUCGAGCAAGGAAAAGGCCGCCAGAUGCCUGUGCAUUACGGGUCCAAGAAACUGAAUUUUCAAACGAUAUCAUCGCCUCUUGCCACACAAAUGCCCCAGGCCGCUGGAGCUGCUUACGCACUCAAGCGAAAAGGAGAGGGACACUGUGUUGUCUGCUAUUUCGGCGACGGGGCUGCGUCUGAGGGUGAUGCGCACGCCGCCUUCAAUUUUGCGGCGACCUUGGACUGUCCAGUGAUUAUGUUUUGCCGUAACAACGGAUUUGCGAUUUCUACGCCCACCAAUGAGCAGUACAGAGGUGACGGUAUUGCCUCUAGAGGAAGCGGAUACGGGAUUGAUGCCAUCAGAGUCGACGGUAAUGAUAUCUUCGCAGUAUAUAACGCAAUGACGGCAGCGCGAAAGAAGGCUGUCGAGAACAACCAGCCCGUUAUCAUUGAGAGCAUGACUUAUCGAAUCGGACACCACAGUACCUCUGACGAUUCAUCCGCCUAUCGAUCAAUACAGGAAGUCAACUACUGGGACAAGGAAGAUCAUCCAGUAAGUCGACUCCGCAUGUAUAUGACCAACAAGGGCUGGUGGGAUACAGAGAAGGAUGAUGAACUCAAGAAAACAUCCAGAAAGAACAUUCUGGCCGCAUUCGGAAAGGCCGAGAAGGUAGCCAAGCCAUCGAUCGACCAUCUCUGGACGGACGUCUACGACGAGAUCCCGGAGAGUCUUAAGAGACAGCAAGAAGAGCUCAAGGAACAUUUGGAGAAGUAUGGGCGGGAAUACGCACUGGAAGACCACGAGAAACUCUAAUUUUGCACAAUUUAGAACUGUGUGAAGCCAUAAACGGAUAUUAAAAUAAUCGAAAUGCGUAUGGGAAAUAAUAGACUAGGCAAAUGCGCAUUAAAAAAAUAAUAAGCUAAGCGAAUUGUUUGCAGAAUGCACGCGAAUACUGGAAGUGCUUUGCCGUAUAUCACUACUGCCCAAUAAGCCUACAGAGGCCUUUUCAAAAAAAAAAGACCGAAUUUCAAAUUCUUAUGGAAAU